AUGAUUGUCCUAACAAUUUUAGCCGCGUUAUUUUUACCUUAUUUAAUUAUUUAUUUGUAUAAAAAUGCGUAUAACAAGCCGAAGAAUUUUCCACCAGGCCCACCGAGUCUGCCAGUAUACGGUGCCUUCUGGAUAGUUCUGGCCCAUGGGUUCACUGACCUCGCAACAGCUUUUAAGAAGCUGGGAGAGAAAUACAAAACGAAGAUCAUAGGUCUCUAUAUGGGACCUGUUCCAACCAUAGUGCUGAAUGACCCUGAGCUGAUCAAGGAAAUGCUGAACCGGGAGGAGUUCGACGGACGGAUGGACAUCAUUAUAUUUAGAUUGCGGUCAUUUUGGAAGAAACUGGGUAUAUUCUUCACGGACGGAUACUUCUGGCAUCAGCAAAGAAGAUUUUCACUCCGUUAUUUGAGAGACUAUGGGUUUGGAAGGCGGUGUGAAGACCUGGAGUCAGUAGUCGCGACUGAAGUCAAGGAGAUGAUAGACCUGAGGAUUGGUGGACCGAAGUAUCCUGCUGAAAUGGAUAUCGUCAAGGGUGACCUAGUCUACAUGCCAUACUUCUUUGCAAUACCGUUCCUCAAUGGUAUGCUCCAAGUAUUCUCUCGCAGCACUCUGCCAAGGUCGGAGUAUAAAGCACUUUGGGCUCUUACCCGUGGUACCGUCUUGUUCCAAAGGAGCUCGACUGAUAUGGGAGGUGCCCUCUCCUUGACUCCUUGGCUGAAAGACAUUCUGCCAAACUACAGUGGAUACAACGAUCUGGUGAAAGGAAAUCAAUACCUGUUGAAUUUCUUCAAGAAAUUAAUAAACGAAGCUAUGGAAACCCAUGACGAGACUUACGACCGUCACUUCUUAGACAUGUACAUCACGAAAAUGAAAGAAGAAAUGCGGGAGAAAGACAAGACUACAUACUCAGUGGACCAGCUAAUCCUAACGUGCACAGACUACACAUUCCCCGCGGCGUCAGCUGUGCAGUUCGUGCUGACGAUCCUUGUGGAGCGUCUGCUGCUGCAGCCUGAGAUCCAGGACAAGAUCCAUGAGGAAAUAGACCGCGUGGUCGGCAGAGACCGUCUCCCGAACUUGGAUGACAGAAGAAAUAUGCCAUAUUUGGAGGCUUGCAUCCGAGAGACUAUGCGGUACGACACCACAGUACCUCUGUCGGUGCCUCAUCGAGCAAUGAAGGAUACCACCUUAGCAGGAUACGAUGUGCCAGAGGGUACGAUGGUGAGCGCCAACCUGACGAUGCUACACAUGGACAAGGAUAUUUGGGGUGACCCCGAAAACUUCCGUCCCGAAAGAUUCCUCAAGAACGGAGAGCUUGACCUCGCCAGCGACAAGUCAUUGCCAUUUGGAGCAGGCAGAAGAUUGUGUGCUGGUGAGACGUAUGCUAGACAGUCCAUGUUCCAAGUAUUUGCUGGCUUCAUGCAGACUUUCCAUGUAUCCACCGCUGACGGCAAACCGCUGCUGAAGCCUUCUAAAAGGAUCCAAGGCAUCAUCACCACCAUUCCUGAGUUCUGGGUUAAAGUUACUGUCCGAGAAUGA